AUGGUGCGAGCAGCUGAGGAGUCGGCUGCUGUCGAUGGUAAAGCUCCAAAAAGGACUAUGAGCUUGACAAAACGAAAGCCAGGGCUACCGCCUCCUGCGCCGACGGCUGACCGACCAGAUCCACCAGCAGCGGCUGCUAGCGAGACCAGCGAGGAGAAAAAGGAAGUUCCUAACCGUGAGCGGAAGGAUACAGAGGAGGGGGACUCUGCCACGUCGCACAAGGAAGAACCAGGAAAGCGGCCAAGAGACAAAGUCGCAGCUGGGCAGAAGGGCGACCACACACCUGAAAAAAUGAAUGGUAGAGAAGCACUGUCGCUUAGGCAUAGAGAUCCGGACGCUGUAGAAGGAGAAGACAAAGAAACAUAUGCUGCCGAGAAGGCCUCACCACCGAAAAGAAUACGCUCUUGUGCAGGUAAAGAGGCCACUGUGGAAGAUGGCAAACCAGAGAUGACAGGGCCGUCGUCACAAUCUCAAAUAGACUAUUCAGCGAGAAAUAUCACGUCUCCCAAGAAAGGGGCUUUAUCUAUGUUUAAGUCCACGGAGGAAACCAAAGUUCCUUCUACCCGAGCAUAUCCGAUGAUAGAGCACGAAGGCAGUGGGGCAGAGCUGACAACAGAAUUAAAGGAGAAGCUUGAGAAGGAAAUAGCAUCUUUACGAGAACAGUUAGCUGCUGCCGAUGAGUUAAAGAAUCUUCAAAAUGCCCUUCAAAAGGAAGUUGAGACACUACGAGGUCAGCUCAGGGCUCUAAGGGCUCAGGAAAAAGCCACUGGGACCGAGCAGGAGGCUGACACACAGAUCAUGAAGGGUGAUUCCGGCAAAGAAGGAGGCCUCGAUGUGGAGGAAGCGGAGACACUGCGCAGAGAAAGAAAUGCUUUAAAGGAAAGAAUUGCUGCAUUGGAGGCGGAGCUUCGCACCUUGCGGUCAUCAGCUGCCAAGGGGGUCCCCAGCACGAAGCCUAAGGGGACGCCACCACUCAAGUCGAAGCCCGCGGAGUUUGCAAUGCCAACUAAAGCGCAUACAAGCUCAAAUACAGAAGCGAAUGGCGGACAUGAAGGCUCAGAAGCACUUAAAGGUGGAGGAGAAGCGAGGCCCCCGACGAGCCUUGUGGAUACUGAGGCGGCCAACAAGCGUCCUGAAGACACUAAGCAACACGAUUCAGGCGCCUUAGGAGCAAUGCAUCUCGAGGAUAUUCCUGAUAAAGCAAAUCUUCUGACUGAGGAAGUUCUGUCCAAGUCGGACGCAGAAACAGAAGACGGGGACUCCGGGGCUGAACUGUCUUCUGCCGAAGAACUUGUGGCGGACCUAACAGAACGGUUACAUAAGGCGAAGCGGCGGAUCCGGAAUCUUGUGAUAAAAUGCAAUGCCCUUGUUGAGAUGGAGAGGGAACAGCAUUCCCUUCGCCGGAGACUCGAGUCGUUCCAAGCCAAGCAUGAGACUCGCAAUAUGGAUCCUUCGGAAGUAGGCAAGGAUAAUGGCGGGAUGCCUGUUGCUAAGGCUAUGGAAGGGAAAAGCAUUGUGCUGAAAUCUGCUUCUGCCGCGGCUCUUCCUGCUUCGGGUGUUGCACCAGAAGAAACUGAUGACAUCGACCACGGCUCAACAGUCGAGACGGGUCUCACUACUCAGAGCACUUCGGCUUUGCUGGAUGCUCACCCUCAGAGUGACUGGGCUAAGAAGUACGAAGGACUUAAAACGCAGAGGGAUAAACUGUACAAGGCAUACAAAGCGCAGAAGGUGCGGAUCGCGAACCUAGAGGAAGAGGAGGAAGCUACCAAGGAAAGGCUAGAAAAGCUUGAGCAACUUUAUCAGGAGACUAAGGAGGAGCUCGAGAUUGCAACAAGACCACCAACUCAGCACAGCGAAGCCGAACCCGCUGGUCUGUUGUCUUGGUUCGGGGGUGGAGGACAAGAUAGCAAGAGUCCUGGGGAACAGAAGCUUCAGGCGAGAUUAGAUCUUCUGCACAGAAGGCUGCAGAAGGCGACAGCGGAAAACGAAGCGCUUAGGAGUGAGCUGUCUGAGCUUCGCGCUCCCUCUACAGAGUCUCCUCGUGGUGGCAAGAGGAGGGAAGGUGAAGUGGAGGUUGACAGGCCACAGGAAAGCGCGUUCCAGCGUCCAGAUCAUGACGCAGCUGGAGGAGGAACUUCGAAUAGGCAUUUGGAUGAGGAGGGUCCUGCUGCGGGGUCCUCUGGCCUUUCAGUGGAUUCAGAGGAGGCCAAAAUGCGUCUUGCUGAGUUCCAGAGGCAAAUUGAGCAGAAGUGCCUUCUGAUAGAGGAACAGAAAGCUGAAAUCGCCAAGUUGAAGGCUGGUGGUCCUGUUUCCGCCGAUAUCGCUGCUGAGUUAAGGAAGCGGGAAGAGGACCUCAAGGCGAAAACUGCACAGUUAGAAGAGGUUAGAAAAGAGUCUCUUGAAAAGGACAAAAUAAUAAAGGAAAAGACCCAAGAAGUGGAGGCGCUAAGAGCUAAGCUGGAAACGCUACAAAAGGAGAAGAUGGACGCAAUUAAGGACAGCGUCGGCCUGAAGAAAGAGCUUGAGAAGCUGCAGAGGGAGUUAGAGGCUCUUAAGAAGGGGAGCUCGGCUUCUCAAGCCUCUCCUCGGCAGAAGAUGGUGCGAGCAGCUGAGGAGUCGGCUGCUGUCGCUGGCAAAGUUCCAAAAAGGACUAUGAGCUUGACAAAACGAAAGCCAGGGCUACCGCCUCCUGCGCCGAAGGCUGACCGACCAGAUCCACCAGCAGCGGCUGCUAGCGAGACCAGCGAGGAGAAAAAGGAAGUUCCUAACCGUGAGCGGAAGGAUACAGAGGAGGGGAACUUUGCUACGUCGCGCAAGGAAGAACCAGGAAAACGGCCAGAGGGUGAACUUGACAAACUGAGUGAAACUCCAGUAGGGGACAAAAGACAGAAAGAGAAGAAAUCGAAGAUCUCUGGAGCUGCCGCCGACAGUCAGAGCGAAUCAAAGCGUGAGAAGUCUCCUAGGGAAGAGACGAAAAGCACUAAGAAAAAAAAGAAGACGAGAAAGAAGGACGCUUCGUCAGACGAGAGGUCCAUCCCGCAUUCCGAGGCAGAGAGUGCUGCCAACGAAGCAGAUGCCAACGAAACUACUGCAGCACCGACUACAAGCGGUGGGUGGGGAUUCAGUCUGUUUGGAAAUAGUGAAAGAACUUCUCCUGACGCUUCCAAGGAUACCUCACAGCCGACGACGUCCAGCGCCCCUCGUCCAUCUUUACUCGAGCUAAUUGUAGGCACUGAGAGUCCGGUAGAAGCCUCCAAAGACAGUGAUGUGCCGCCGUUGAAACUUUCGACUGUGGACGGGGCGGACGACCAGAGUAAUGACUCAUCCAGUGACGAUGAAGAGACUGACGGCGGCAUCGCCAGCACUGUAGCCGGUUUCUUUUGGGGAUUUUGA